CCCAAGGAACGGGAGUGAAGGACUAGGAAGAGUCAAGCAAGCAAGGAGGGAAAGAGGCAAUUCAAGGGUGCAAUAUUGAGUUGAUCCAGUUGGGCACAACUAUGGGCAACCAAGGCUUUGAUAUCUUAGGAGCUGUAUAGAAUGCACCUUGGAAUUGCCCACCAUUAGAAUGGAAAAGAGAGCAUUUCUCCACCAGCUCCUGUCUGUCUUAGUCAAAGGUUGUCCCAUAAGGUGUUUGUUCCUUUACACUUCCAGGUUUAUGCACAUGUCAGAAUGUCAGUGGGUUUCUGUAUGGGGUCCCAGACUGCAAUGGCAGAGAAGCCCUGAGGCAGCAAGAUACCAGGUGCAGCUGAGGCAAGAUGCUCUUGGGUUGUGCCUGCGUGCAGCUGGUUGUCACCGCAUAGCUGGUGUAAAAAGAUGGGCUGGGAAGAUGCGGGGUCAGCCACAGGAGGAGUCUGAUAUAACCUCAGACAGGUCAGGCAUUUCUGUUCCUGUCUUCCAUAAACAGAACUAUGUUUCCAUUUAAUUCUCAGUCCAAAGUUAGGAUCUAUGGUUUUCCUAGGUGGAAAUCUUAUUUUAAUUAACUGCUUUUCCGGGAAUGCAUAAUCCUCAAAGUGUAACAUGGUGAUCCACUGUAGCAAUUUAUUGUUAUGGCUGUGGGAUGAUAUGCAUGUAGAGUGACUUCUCUGGAACACAGCACUGACGCGAGUACUCUGGCUUGAGUCUGUGUGAAAUGGGUACAGAAAACCAAGCGCAUCCUCCCUUCAUGAUUCUUUCACUCUUCAAUGCUCUAUGGGCUAGGAGCUGGGGAUAAGGAAGACACAGUCUUAGCCUCAAUAAGUUCAUGGAACUGAGCUGGCAGGUUUCUUUAAAGCCCCACCAGGCUAGUACCUCUCUCCCAUUUUCAUUUGCCUGGUCCAUUUUCAAUCAGUCCCUUUCUGUAAUUUGACCUAAACAUAGUUCUGCCACUAAUUUGCGGGAAUAGUUUCCUUCUCUUCUUAGUCUAUUUAUUAUUCUAGAAACGGCGGGGGCAGCCUGACCUGUAUCAGACUGUCCUCUGAUAUUCUAUUGGAACAUCAAUAAAUGUGCUAUUGGGAAGCUGUGCUAUUCAAUUAUUUUUAAAGACGCCUAGGCGCAAAUUUUUAAAUACAUUUCACCUGCUCAAAAAACAAACUUAAAAACUAACCGACCAACCCUGGUGAGCUCAAGACAGCAAAUAUGCAUAGGACCUGGAACGAACCUCGUCCUUAUCAGGGUUUCCUCACUUCCUGAAGCUGCACCUUCUUCCCCCGCUUCUUUCUGCGCCGGCUUUAGGGCGGAGAUGGACAGGCGGCAGGGGGAGCCUAGCGACGACAGGCAGCUGGGCGCCUAAAGAUUGAGGGGCACCCUCUGCCGGAGCAGGACCCGGCCAGUUGCUCCAGCGCCAAGGAAGUGGCGCGAUAGCGCUCCCCGCCCCGGCGACGUCUGCCGUCGAGCCCCGCCCGUCCUGUCCAGCCCGAAUACCGGCACCCAAGGUGUCUAGGCGCAUCCGGUAGCUGAGGCCGUGGGAGUGCGAAGAGGCCGUGUGGUAGAGGGGUUUCGUGGAGAAAACGGCGGCAGUGCCCCCACUCGGUCUGCCAAUCCAGGAGCGCCGGUACUUGUAAAGCGCCGGAUUAAGGCGAGCGUGCCAGCUGAGCCCUCUGCAGCCGGGGCCCCCUGACCGUUUGUUUUGGGGACCUGCCAGGAAGAAGCCGACCCUCUUAUCCCUUGUGGCCACAAUGCUGACUGCCCGCCUCUUCAGACCCCUGUCACAGCUCCCGGGGAAAACUCUGAGUUUCUCUGAUAGAGAAAAUGGAACGAGGCGUACAUUGCUGUUUUACUCUGCCUCCUUCGUCCCUAUGGGCCAUCGCACUUAUGCCGAUGCGGUGAACCCGGUUGGCAGCAAAGCUGUCCUGGUCACAGGCUGUGACUCUGGAUUUGGGUUCUCCUUGGCCAAGCAUUUGCAUUCAAAAGGCUUCCUUGUGUUUGCUGGCUGCUUGAUGAAGGACAAAGGGAAUGACGGGGUCAAAGAACUGGACAGCUUGAAGAGUAAUCGACUGAGAACCAUCCAGCUCAAUGUCUGCAAAGGUGAGGAGGUGGAGAAAGCGGUGGAGGUCGUCCGCUCGAGCCUGGAGGACCCCGACAAAGGCAUGUGGGGCCUGGUUAACAACGCAGGCAUCUCGACAUUUGGGGAGGUGGAGUUCACCAGCAUGGAGACCUACAAGGAGGUGGCGGAAGUGAACCUCUGGGGCACAGUGCGGAUGACAAAAUCCUUUCUCCCCCUCAUCCGAAGGGCCAAAGGCCGCGUUGUCAACAUCAGCAGCAUGCUGGGCCGCAUGGCCAACCCAGCCCGCUCCCCCUACUGCAUCACCAAGUUUGGGGUGGAGGCUUUCUCUGACUGCCUGCGCUACGAGAUGCACUCUCUGGGCGUGAAGGUCAGUGUGGUGGAACCUGGCAACUUCAUCGCUGCCACCAGCCUCUACACCCCCGAGCGCAUCCAGGCCAUCGCCGACAAGAUGUGGGACGAGCUACCUGAGGUGGUGCGCAAGGACUAUGGCAGGAAGUACUUUGAUGAGAAGAUCGCCACCAUGGAGACCUACUGCAACAGUGGCUCCACAGACACAUCCCCUGUCAUCAAUGCUGUCACCCACGCCCUGACCGCCACCACCCCCUACACCCGCUACCACCCCAUGGAUUACUAUUGGUGGCUGCGAAUGCAGGUCAUGACUCAUAUGCCCGGAGCAAUCUCCGACAUGAUCUACAUACACUAAAGAGUCUCUAGCUGGCAUCUGUGGGGAGCCCUGGUGGGCGGGAAGAGGGGAGAGGGAGGAAGGAUGUCACCUCUUGAUAAGCCACUUGUGGAUUCAUCCCAGGGGAGACCCACUACCAGUUUUAGCGUUAAGUGGAGGAAGCAACCCAGCCCAACUUGUGUGCACAGUGAGUGGCCUGGGCCUCCUCAUUCGGGGUACAGAGUGAUGAGCAGAGCCCCUAAACCUCAGGGCAAACAUGGUGCCGCUGUCUUUCUGGAGUUAAUUUCAUACAAAGAUUUUGAGGAAACCUCUCUAUAUUAAAAACAGAUUUAUUA